CACCCGACGACCCACAGGGGCACUCCGCUGUAACGUCCUGGACAAUCCCGAGUGGCAGGCCAUUCCCAACCAACAUCGCAACGCGCAAACCUCAAGACUCCAGUUCCAGCUGGAUUGUGAAAGUGUUCAAGAACUGGAGCUUCAUCCCAGUCCGGUAAACAUGACCUCUUCAUGACCUUUGCCCUCUUCUAACGUUUGGAUCAGAGCCUGGCACGUCGCGACCUAUCAAUCACCUCUGUUUUGGCACCACGACUUACAGCAUCGGCAUCGAAGCCCUCGAGUAUCCCCGACGACGGGACCCAGUGUUCCACGACGUCGUGAAGCCGACCGCGAUCGAUACACACGCCAAUCGCCUAACCGAACCAUUCGCGGUUGCCGCCGGUACCAGAAAAUCUGUAUUGCCCACGAUGGAUCAGGCCGAUAUACCGGCGCUGCUGUCGCGCCUCGCUAGUGACGAGGAUGCCGCGCGCAAGAUGGCCGUGUUCAAGCUCCAGUCGUCGAUCAACGACCCAGCUUUCGCCGAUGUCUUCAUCGCCUCGGGCGGCCUCGUGGUCCUACGCCGCCUCAUUAUGACCACCGGCGGAAACACAUUGGCAUAUGCGCUGCAGAGCUUGAGUCGACUACUCGAGGUGGACAUGGGCUGGGAUAUCUUCGAGGGCCCCAAUGCGGGAGAGCUUGUCGAGCGCGUGGUCGAGCUUAUUGUUACCAACCCGCUCGUCAACAUCCUACGGGGCGCCAUGUCCAUCUUGGUCGGCCUAGUCAGCCAUUCGCAAUCGACGGCCCACGGAGGCACGCCACGCACGCCAGGCACCUUUGGUUUUAGGGCGCUCAAGCCUGCGGUCGCGGUGUACCCGCAGUUCUUCGAACUGGUCAUCAUGCAGUUGCAAUCGGCGGACCACGCCCUCUGCGCCAAUGCCUUGAUGCUGAUCAACGCGCUCAUACGGGAUGCGGUAUCCAACGACAAUGGACCUACCUUGCUGGUGUCGAGCUCAAAGGGGACAGUGCCUCCUGGUGAGGAGUGGUCCAAGUUUAUCAAGAAGCUCCAGGACCUGGGAUUGAUCAAGGCGGUGUACAAUCUCAUGCAGAGCUCGUCUUUGCAGGAUCUGGCGCACCCAUUACUUGAGUUCCAGACCCUGACCAAGGUCCUGCUUCGGAAAUGGAGAGGGGUAAGGGUGGACUUGGAGCGGCCAGAGCACAGGAGAGCGCUGAAGGGCUUACAUCUUGCGAGCGCACCGGAGAGACGGCAGGCCAACGGAGGCAUGACGACUUUGUCCCCCACGGGGAGACCAUCAACGGCCGCGACAGUUGUAGCCAGGGAAGAAGGAGAGAAGGAAACCGGCGGUGAGACUGCAGCAGGGAGGAAAUCAAGCCGACGACAUAACCCCGAGAAGUGGAGAAGAUUGGGCUUCGAGACAGAGUCACCCGCAUCCGAGUUCGAAGUGGCCGGCUUCCUGGGCAUGAUGGACCUGACGGACUACGUGCGCAAAAACGAGGAUGGCUUCCAGAAGCUGCUGCUCGAGCAGUCCAGCAGGCCGCUCAACGAACGGUGCCCCGUGGCGCGAGCUAGUUUGGCCGUGACUAUGAUUCUGUAUGAACACUUUGAGGUUGAGCAAUGCGAUCUGGACGAUAUCAGGAACGGUGGCUACUACCAGCUUAUCGAUGGGGGCGGCAAAGCACACGACAAACUCUUCCGCCCACUGUUGCUUCAAUGGUCACGACUGCAUACCGCUGGACUUCAUGCCUUCUUCCGGAUGUGGAAGGCGACUGGGGCGACUCGAUAUGACUUCGACAAGGUGGCAGAGCUAGUUCGGAUUUUGAUCGAUCAAGUGGUUGGGCAGGCCAGUAGAAGCAAGGACGUACUGGAGGUUGAAGAUGAUCUGCACGAGUAUGAUUCUGGAAGACUACGAGAGUUACAGAUGGAUCUCCUAGAGCUCUCAUUUGAGGAUCAGUGGGGUCCCCAUCUCUUCCAGGUUCGCGAAGAACUCAAGCACGAAGCACUGCAGUUCGUCAAAGAGCAGCGUAUCCGCUGUCUCUUGCAGGGCUCGUGGUUUUCCAAGCCCCAGCCUCAUCGCUCAAACCACUCUAGGUCAGAAAGCCUCAAAACCGGGCAAGAUAAGGGUAGCCGGCUGUCCCAGCCUUGGCGGUUCGCCAAACUCUCGCACAACAGGCGAUAUCUUCACUACGCCGACUUCGCAGAGCAGACAGCACAUGAUCCCGGUCUAGAAGCUUUGACGGAGAAGAUUGAUUUGCUCUCCAUCAGCUCCGUGGUGUCAAACGUCUCCAAUGCGGACGACGCCGCAGCAGGAGGAGAGACCGGAAGCCAGGCGUCCUCAAGCCUAACAAGUCUCACCAAGGACGCGAAUUCUGCCGCGCAGGCGACGGCUAAGUCGACGACAAAAAUCACGAUCUACAGCCUCUCCGAGAACUUCUCGCCGGAGCUGGCCAGUUUGGCUGCUGCAGGCAAGACCAAGGAGCAGCCGAUCCUGACGCUCCAUCCUCUCAACCAUAGUCUGGCCUCGGAGUGGCUGGACGGUCUGCUUAUGCUCCUCAACCAGGCGCCCAUCACGGCCGAGACUAACAAGCUCGUUACGCUGGUGAGCGAGUACGGUCUCAAGAUACGUCUGCUUAAUGUUAGGGCUGAGGCGGCCGAUAAUGGACCGGUUCCGGGCGCUGGUCAGGUGCCUAGUCGGGAGGGGCUGGAUGAGGAUUAUUAUUAUGAGAUCUGAUGGUUGGACCUUUGGGUCUGUCUUCCGUAUCAUCAUCCCCCUUCAUUUCCAUCCCCUUUGACAGGCGUGUUUCCGUUGGAACUCACACGCGCCCCGUUUUGUUCCAUAUUCUUUCAUCAUUUUCAAAAUUAUACCCACGAUUUCAGUUUUUCUUCACCUUGUUCUUAACUUCCUUUUGUACCUUAGUUUCCGCGGAGCUUUCGGUUUGUUUGAUGGUUGAUUAUACUGUACUAUACCAUAGUAAUAGUUGCUAAAAGAUAAUUCUUGGACCUAAUCCCUCCUUAUGCCAGUUCAUUCUCACAGAUGAUGACCGUGAAUUAUAUUUGUGAG